AUGGUUCCAAAGACAGGCCUGGCACACAAGAACUUCACCGACAAGCAGUCUAAGGAAGAAGAGCAGGAGAGCUCCGCUCUUGUUCUCGGUCGCUUUCUGAUAUUGUUUGUGCGGGACCAAGUGCCCGGUGUUCAAAUAGGGGACAAUGUUGGCCGAAAGGUCUUCUGGAAUAUGGAUGAUGAACAACAUCACAUAAUUCGGGAAGCCUUUGAGAGCAAGCCAAUUCGGUGGGCCACUGCCUCCAUCCCUAAUUCACCUAUCUUCUAUCUGUUGGCCCUCGCCUUCUGUUCGCUGGUCCGUCGAAUUUGCUCUGGGAUUCGGUCUCUGAUAACCCUUUAUGGCUAUAAUUUUGUGGUAGGCUUCCGUCAGCCUACUGAGACCAAGCGAUUACCCUGGCGUGAGAGAAAGUUCUACUUGUGGGGCCUGAGCAAGCCACCCAAAAAAAUCGACUGGCAUGAAUAG